AUGAAACUACAGUCAAUGGGGAAUCCAAACAACGUGACUGAAUUCAUCCUUUUGGGCAUAACAAGGAACCCAGAGCUGCGAAAAGCAUUGUCUGCUAUAUUUUUCAUCAUGUAUGUGUUCACAGUUGUGGGGAAUGUCCUCAUUGUGCUAACCAUGAUCAUGAGCCAGAGUCUGAGAUCACCUAUGUAUUUUUUUCUUACUUCCUUAUCCCUCAUGGAUGUCACCUAUUCAUCAGUUAUCACUCCCAACUUAAUUCUGGUCUGCCUUUAUGAGUACAUUACCAUCUCCUUCGAGGGCUGCAUGACACAAAUAUUUGCUGAACAUUUUUUUGGUGGUGUGGGAAUGAUCAUUCUCAUGGUGAUGGCCUAUGAUCGCUAUGUGGCUAUCUGCAAGCCCUUGCGUUACAUGACCAUCAUGAAUCCUCGCAUGUGCCACAUCAUGCUGGUGGGGGCCUAUGUGGGUGGAUCAACCCAUGCAACAAUACAACUUAUCUUCAUGUGUAAAUUACCCUUCUGUGGUUCCAAUGUCAUUGAUUGUUUUGCAUGUGACAUGCUUCACUUAUUGAAAUUGGCCUGCAAGGAUACUCACUUUUUGGGCCUCUUAGUCAUUCUCAACAGUGGGGUGAUGUGUAUGACCAUCUUCUUGAUGCUCAUUACCUCCUAUAUGGUCAUUCUCUGCUCCCUCAAGUCAUCUAGCUCAGAAGGCAGGUUUAAAGCCCUGUCCACCUGUGGUUCCCAUAUCACAGUGGUCAUCUUGUUUUAUGUUCCAUGUAUAUUCUUGUAUGUGAGACCUGUGGCCGUUUACCCCAUAGACAAAGCAAUCAGUAUAUCCUUGACUGUUGUUACACCCAUGUUAAAUCCCUUGAUUUAUACCUUGAGGAACUCAGAAGUGAAAAAUGCAAUGAGGAAAUUGUGGAUGAAACAAGAUAGACAAUAG